AUCGAGCCUAGGUCAAAACGUAGCCGCAAAUCUUUUCAAGUGCGACCACACCAACCGCCAUGAAACGUAUUUCCUUCCAACAUCAUCACCUACGUCGCGCUCCUCUGAGAUAGACGUCACAAUCUCAGAGUAAAUUGGCUACGGACCUCCAUGUCCGCAUGGUGUUGAAGUAUAAAAAGGCUCCAGAAAUGCCAGUAGCUCCCAGAUAAACUCGCUAUCCUUGUUUCUACAGUCACAAUUACCAAUAUGCGUUUCUCACUUGCUGCUCUGAUUCCCCUUGCCGUACUCGUCGCUCCCGUUCUCUCCGGCGUUAUCAAUGCCCGCGAGUUUGAGCGCAAGGGCGAACACCACAAAGGCGAACAUCUCGCCAAAGUCAAGCACGUCAAAGGACACCACCAUCAUGGCAGAGACGUCGGCGGCAAUGGUAGCGCCUGGAAGCCCACUUGGACUUGGUCUGGUAGCGGCAAGCAGUGCCCCUCGGACGUCCACAAAGACUGUCCUUGCCUGAUGGAUUCUGAAUGCGGAUUCAAAUGCCCCCAACAGUGGCCCGUUACCAAUUGUACCUGGGAACCAGUGUUUGAGAAUAAGAGCGACUGGAAGGAAUGGAAGUCGGGCAAGUACAUUCCCAUCACUACUGGGUAUGUUAACAAGGCCACAUCUGAGCUCGACUGUAAGACCCUCUGCGAGGCUCACGAGAAAUGUUACUCUUGCCAAGUCUUCUCACCAGAGAAAAAGGAGCAGUCCAUCUGCGCACUCUAUGGGGAGUCCGUCGACAUUGCGACCUGGAAGGCGGACUAUGAGGCGGGGCACAGCGAUCACAACGAUCACUACGACACUUCUUGCUGGAAUGCUCGGUACUAAGUGUGAUAUGCAGUUUAGGACUUUUACAUUUCAUAGGACUUUGUACAUCUUGUUGUACGCGAAUUAGUAU